UUAGCAAAAAGAAUAACAAUUUAAGCAAAUCACAAUUUCUUAGCGAUAAUUGGCAUAAACUACGCGCAAACUGUUGGUUAGAAGAAGUUAAAGAAAGAAAGGGAAUUUUUGGCGAAUGGGGAAGGAAAACGAAAUUGAAGAUUUAGCCGGAACUAAUAUUUUUGAGCACACAUUACAACAAGAUUGUAAAAUGGAUGCCAAUUCAGAUGAAGACAAGGCAAAAUUGACUGAGAUGAGUGGCAUUAAUGCAGUAGCCACAGAGGCUAGAAAAUCGUCUCUUAAGUUCUUUAAAGCAAACGGUACAAUAAUUAGUUCUAUAUUCUCUCGAGAAGAAAACAAUAUCAGUGGUAAUAGCAACAGCAUUAGCAAUUCUGUUAAAGGGGGGCGUAAUUACGACUUGAAAGGUUCAGGUCUUCACAAAAACCCAAUAAAAGUUGACCAGAAUUUUCUGGCAAACGGCUUGAAAACUUUAAUUCUUGGUUCAAAUAAAUCGGCAACAACAUCGAUUAAUAAUGAGCAACCGGGGCCCUCGCAUUGUAAAUCGACGACUAAAAUCAACAAAACAUUAUGCCGCUCCGAAUGGACUCACGAUGCCAAUCAUUAUCAGCCUAGGAAGCGUUUACAUUCUGACGAUAGUUACGAUGAAUGUUUACCGAAAAGGAAAAUCAGAUUACAGUUGACUGGCAAGAAUCUCAACGUUAACGCAAAAUCCUCCGACAGCGAUUCAACAGACGGAGAAGUUGAUGAAAGCGAUGAAGAAGCAGAAAAAAUUGAUGUUGAAAGCACACUCCUGCCUUCGGAAGAGUUGAAUAAUAAUUUACUAACCGCAAGUAAUACGGGAAUAUUAGAAGGCGAAGAGUUUGCAUCAGAAGAAGAAGUAAUGGACGAGCUAGAAGAGGAAGAAGGAAUAGGAUUUAUACCCGAAAAUAAUCAUGAGUACAUAUUAGAAAAUAGAGAAUUAAAUGGCGAGAUGUUUGGUCUUAUAAACCUGAAGAUUUUAUUAAAAAAAAAAAAAAACAAAUAAUAAUUCAGGAUAAAUUCAACCGUUACGUUUUU